UAUUGUAAACGGUGAGGGUGUGGGAGGGGGUGGGGAUGGAAUAUCCAUUUUUAUUGCAUCACCUGUCAGCGGCGUCCAAUGGGCGUGGACUCUGAGGGCAUUAAUUGAUGAAGGUGUCUCCAGACUGGCCCACCUCCUCUCUCUGUCAUUUUAUUUGUGGCUCAACCAGCAGCCAGAAUAGCAGCUGCAUUUUAGCUCUUAUUCUGUUUCUCUCUGUCUCUGAUUCUCUCUCUCCCUCUCUCUCUCUCUCUCUCUCUUUCUCCCUCCCCUCCAUCCUCACUACACCCUCUCUCUCUCUCUCUCUUCUCGCUAUUUUAUCCCUCUGGCUGAGGCAGUGGUGUACACCUACCCCUCGUCCUGCUGCCGACCAGAGGGGAGUGGAGUCGGCAGAGGCAGGUAGCAGCAGCAGCAGCAGCCCCAGCUUGGUGGACGCAUCCGUCGCAUUCCUCCACCAUGCCGGACCGGGGCAGGAGCCGAGGAGUGGAUGCUGUCGGCUCAUUCAACCUAUUAGACAGGGGCAGCUCCAUUUAACUCCGCAUGUCAAAGUUUGCAUUUUCAUGACGCAGCAGCAGUGUGGAUGGAUUACAGGUAUGAGCAGGAUGCCUUGAGCUCACCAGCCGGUGCCAUUUACUGGUAAAUCCAUAAUAUGCUGAGAGUGACUGCAUGGAUUAAUACACUGUAGCGGAUACAUAAACCAUGGGGGACCUGGAGUGUGGCUUUGAGGAAAUGCAAGGAGUGAGAUUGGGAUACCUUCUCAUCAAAGGCAAGCAAAUGUUUGCUUUGUCUCAAGUCUUCACCGACCUGCUGAAGAACAUCCCCCGGACCACGGUGCACAAGCGCAUGGACCACCUGAAGGUGAAGAAGCACCACUGCGACCUGGAGGAGCUGCGGAAGCUCAAAGCAAUAAACUCUAUAGCUUUCCACGCCGCUAAAUGCACUCUCAUAUCGCGGGAGGACGUGGAGGCUCUGUAUUUCUCCUGCAAGACGGAGCGGGUGUUGAAGUCCAACAAAAGGAAAGCGAAAGCAGCGUGUCCCCCCGGGGACGAGGACGCGUCCUCGGGGUUCCUCCGUGCGGACGCCGAACUGUGGAAGGAAAAAGUUUGGUUUAGUUUGCACGGUGUCCCGGAGACUCUGGCGCUUCACAGCAAAACGGCAAGGAGGAGAGAGCUGACUCCUUGCCUUACCGACUCCAAACUACCUCAAUUUUAUCACAAAACACAGAGACGGGAGUACCGUUCGACGGCUAAGUCCAGUCACAAACACUUUAAAAACUAUGAAACAGCAAAAAUAACAGGGAACCGCGUUACUUUGAGCCAAAGGCACUCGUUUUUGCGUAGCGCCGUGAGCCGGCAGCCGGUGGUGCUUCAGUCCGCCAUAGCUGCUCAGUCCAGGCUCUCGCGCUCAGCCGGCGACCUACUUCACAAAAGGAAGAGGAGGCGCGAGGGGGGCGGCGGCAGGGACAGCGCAAGGCACUCGUGGAGCAGGAGCAGACACGCGCACCACCACGCACCGCCGGUGCUGCUCGUUCAGCCCAAAUCUACCGGCGGCCACGGCGCGUCCUUCGGGGCGUUCCACCUCAGUCCGGAUUUCUAUCUCGACCCGCGACCUCACCAUCAUCACCACCACCAGCAUCACCAUCAUCACCACCACCACCACCACGAGGAGCCCAGCUUCCCGGAGAGCUGCAGCAGCGACACCGAGUCCAGCACCUACUCGGACCGUGCGUACCCAGACUCGGACUUUGGAUCCGGCUUCUCCACCAGCAGCAACUCCGGGAGCUCCGAGGAGGAAGACGAGGAUGAAGAUGACACGCAGUCAGAGAGUUCAGAGGUCAGCUCAGAGGAGGAGGAGGAGGAAGAGGAGAGCUCAUCUCAGUCCGACUCCAGCUCCGUUUCCAGCCGGGUGUCGGUCCAGAGCAUUCGGUUCAGACGGGCGCGGGUCGGUUCUCUGGCCAGAAGCCUCAGCAGCAGUAAAACACCUUUAGUCCUGCAGCCCACGUUUCACUACAACAACCAACAGCAGCAAGACAAGCAGCACAGGACGCAGGGCCACACUGUUGCCACUUCACAAUCAGGGGACAGCAAACAGGACCAGAACUGUGAGUUCAUAUGCAGUGAAACUAGGAAGGACUUGGGACACUUACAGCCACCCAAAUUUAACUCAGCUGCUGUGGGGGAGAGUUUUUUCACUGAGUCCAAAAGGGAAAAGACGUGUGAGUCUGAUCCCAGUAGGGCAGACCCGGUGGUUGAGUUGGUCCUCCAUAACCGGACCACUAAGGCCUUUCACCCGCCACGCAGGACACCGGGGCAUCCCACCAAAUGCCUCCCGGGACUGAGCGCACAGUGUGACCACAACAAAGACGCCAAGCCCCAAAAAUGUGUCGACAAAAGGGAGGUGAAAGCCACCAGCCUGAAACUGCCCACUCCACUGAAAAAAAUAAAGACCGAGUCGGAGGAGCCCUGUGUGACCCCCUACUCUGACGGUGGCAGGACACCACCCUUCAGCCUCCACAAUGUGAAAGUUAAAGUGGAGGAAAGCUGUGAUGAAUAUGAAUACCAGAGCCAGGCCGCCGCAGUCAAAUGUAAAGGAGAUAAUGCAGAGAGCAGCAAUGGUCAAUAUCCCAGCGGAGCCAUCAAACAGGGAGACUUUUUCCACAGCGGGAUUAAAGCCACAGAGAAGAGCCCUGAUGUGGCCCCCAGGUCCCCCUGUGGUCCUCAGGAAUGCAAGAGCAGCCAGGACACCCCGUAUAUCGUGGAGGGGGAACACAAGAACAAAAACUGCAGGGCUCCGGUGCCGGGUAAUAAGAAAACUAGAGUUUCCAGGACGCAAACAAAACAAAACGUGCCCAGGGUCAACAAGGCUGCCUCUUCCUCCUCCUCCUCCUCUUCUUCGUCCUCCUCCUCUUCUUCUCGUCCCGAGGAAGCAUCCACUGAGGAUUUACCGAGCAGACGCAAACGCAGCAGCAACGCGAGCACUGUAGCAUCGCCUGCAAAAAUGCCUUUCAGCCUGAUGGCAAAUUUCCCAUCCCCACCGUCGCUGAUUGUUGGCAGCGACGGGGAUUUGUGCCCUGCUUACUCCCUGAACUCGCUGAGGGGCCCCGGGCCUCCCCCUCCGUCCCACCCCGUGUGGAGGUGGCAGCCAGGCGGCCAGAUUCUCCCUCCCCCACACGCUCAGAGAACUAGGAAAUACUGAGCUGUUUUUUUAAAAGCAAAACAACAAAAAAGCCCCCACCGUGUCCAUGUCCAACCUAACCGUAGCCUGAGUCUUAACGCGAGCGCACCAAAAUUGCGCACAACUUUACCGGUGCUUUUUUUAUUAUUAUGAUUAUUAUCUUUUCUCCCCUUUUGUUUCCUCCUGAGAAUGGAUUUACAUUCCGCUUUGUUUUGAAGUUUGAUCGAGGGAAACCCACAAGAUCCCUUUUCGGAGCCUCUGAAAACGCCCACAGGACUGUGAGACACCGCUCGUGGAUUUACGCUUAAAAAAAACCUUGUCUUUUAAAAAAAAUAAGCUAUCAAUCCUAAGCAAUAUGUUAGGUUCUCAGCAUUGUGUUCACUUGACUAUUUCCUGAACUCAAUUGUUUCUUAUUCGCUUAUUUUGUAACCCCUAUAUGCUCGACCUGUUGGAUUGUAUGGUGCCAGGGUUUCAGUGGUUUGUGCUUUGUCUGAAAGAGGGAAGGGGGUUUAAAAAAUCACAGCAUUCCUUGGGAUGAGGCUACUUUGAAUCUGGUUGCGACCGAGAGCGAGUUGGUAAAUCAAAAAGAAAGAAAGAAUCAGGGUUUCCCCCAUUCUGUGCCACUUGGUAUAUUUUCUAUACCAGCGCUGUGUUUUCUUUCAUGACAGUCAUGCUGACCAGCUUGGCCACAAUGUGCCCAAAAUGUUCAGAGAAUUAUUUAAAAAUAUGGAUUUAUUAAUGUCUGCUUAUAUGCUCACAGUGAAGCCUUUAUUAGAUUUGACAGGAAUUUAUUCUUGGUGGUUGUUGGGUUUUUAGUUUUUUUCAGGGUGCUUGUGAUCUGGUUUUCACUCUAUUUUUUUUUUUUUUUAUUUCUGCCGAGCUUUUCCUGGUUUUCUGACUGCACAGACGCAGGCCCAGACACAACACAGGCCUUAUGUGGAGACAAUCAAAGAGAAUAAGGCUCUUGCAUGUACCUGCAGGUCUCACUCGUAUCCCUCCAUGUCCACUUUGGCCACCGUUUGUCCUCUGCACAUCCUAUUUAUGGCAGGGUGAGAGAGAGAGAGAGAGAGUGUGUGUGUGUGUGUGUGUGUGUGUGGGUGUUUGGAGUACAUAUAAGUCCAGAAAUGUAAAAUAAGUAAAGACAUAAUGACAAUAUCCAAAACAGGAUGAUGGUGUGAUGAGAUUCAGCUCCAAACCCCCCUUACCUUGGCUACUCAGAAACAAUGCAACAAAGCACCAGAGACAGGGCUUGAAUGCAUUGCACUUUGUUAGGGGUCUUGUUUCAGCUUUAGGGUUUCCUGACUGGCUUGUGAGAUGAUGUCUGAGAGGAGAGGAGGUGGUGACAGAAAAAUACUAAAGAUGAUUCAUUUGGAUGUAGACACAAGAGCCAAACUGCAUUCCUUUGAUUGUUAUGUGAAUAUUUACACUUUCGCUGAAAAAAAAUACAGUUUGUCAUUUGCGUUUUUACUUCCUCUCUAAAGAUAUCCUCCAAAACAGAAAUCCAAUCAGGGUUUUUUUUUUCUGCUUUCUGUAUUUGUCAUCACCAUCUCACCACCCCUGAAUGUAGCCUUUGGAAUAUGGCCGCUCCAUGUAGUAUCCCAGACCAGUUUCAUGUAGCCUUUAAAUUCAGCAGACUUCAGUGCGCACACCUUUAAAUCAAGUGGCUGAAGUCGCACCUAUGUACAUGUAGGCAUUUUGAAGUGAAUGUGUAGAUGUGUGUGUGUGUGUUUUUUAAUGGCAGUGUAGGACGCGCUCUGCUAAUUGGCAUGCUUUUCUGUCUGCGACAAAGAGAGGCCCAGCUUAUGGCGAGCCAGAUCACAACAAACCCAAAGCCCGUGAAUGAUGUCAGCCUCCUCACAAGCACAGCAAAGGGCGCAUUCAUUCAGAGGAUUGUAGAAACUAUGUAAUGGGUGAUUGUAUAAAAAAAAAAAAAAAGAAAAAAAAAGAAAGAAAUGUACAAAAAAGUGCGCCUACAUGAGUGUGGAUACAUAUGGCGGAUGUUUUAACCAUGUGAAUUACGCACCACUCUGCAGCCAUGAAGCCCCAACUCACCCAACUCACCAUGGGCCUUAUUUCUGAGGUUGGAACGACAAUUCAAACUUGAGACUGUCAGCCUGUAAACUGGCUAUUUUUGAAGCUAUGACACAAGCUGGUGUAUGAGCAGUAAAAAAAAGAAAAAGAAAAGAAGAAGAAGGAAGAAAAAACAGAGGGGGUUGAGAGGAGGUGGUGGUAGUGGUGGUGGUGGUGGUGGGGGAGUAGCUGUGUUGCAAGAGCGAAGCUUUCAACCUUUAAUCCGCAUGUCAAAAGCAUAGGCUGCGCGGCAUAGGAGGAAGAGGAAUAGCCCUGCGCCCAAAGCUGCGCGGCUUUGCCCCCCUGACGCAGCAGCCUAUUCUCACGCAGCGCUCACAAUGCUCGGCUGAGGGACGGAGAUGGUGGUAAUGGCCUGUUGGGAGGGCCUUUCCACCGUUAAGACAAAUAGCUCUCUGACAGUGACGCUAUCAAUGUAAACAAUUGCAUCGUGCUGCAGCAGCUACAGACUGCAUGCCCUCUCUCUCUCUCUCUCUCUCUCUCUCCCUCUCUCCCAUCUUCCUCCUCUUCUCCCCCACUUCCCUGCCCUCCUCAUUCACCCAUUUACUUCGCUUUUUUGAUACAAUACUUGAGGUCAGGUUUUUUGACAUGGAAUUUGAAGUCACUGGUUGUUUAUAUGAAACUGAAUAUUUAUUUUUGUGAAUUUUAUGGGGUUUCUUGUAUAUUGAUUUUUUUUUUGGGUGGGAGGAGGGGAGGGGUUGUGAACAUGCAUAGAAAAACUGCACUCGAUAUGGAAACUUGAACGGUGGAUUUCUGAAGCACUUUCCCUUUCUUUUUUCUUUUUUUUAAUUAUGAAGCAUUCAUUAAACGGGACUGAGUGUAA